AUGACACCUGUCAGAGCCAUAACUGUCUUUGAAGAUCUCAUGAGAAACUCCCUGAAGAAUGCUGUGAAAGUUGAGCAUGUAGGGUUUGCUGCUCAAUGGAACAAUUCUGUGGCUGCUGUUGUUAUUGGCAUCGCCAUAGGAGUCUUGGUUCGUGGACACAGUGAGCUCUCAAACCUGGAUAAAUUCUACUUCGCUUUUCCUGGAGAAAUUCUAAUGAGGAUGCUGAAGCUUGUCAUCUUGCCAUUGAUUAUAUCCAGCAUGAUCACAGGUGUCGCUGCACUGGAUUCCAAUGUAUCGGGAAAAAUUGGUCUGCGUGCCGUAGUGUAUUACUUCUGCACCACCAUCAUUGCUGUGAUCCUCGGUAUUGUGCUGGUUGUGAGCAUUAAGCCUGGUGUCUCUCAGAAAGUGAGUGAAAUCAGCAGGACAGGCAAAAGCCCUGAAGUCAGCACAGUGGAUGCCAUGUUGGACCUGAUCAGGAACAUGUUCCCUGAGAACCUGGUGCAAGCCUGUUUUCAGCAGUACAAAACCAAGCGUGAAGAAGUGAAGCCUGUCAGUGAUCCUGGGGGGAAUGUGACAGAGAUGUCUGUCACCACCGCCAUGACAACAAUGUCUAAGAACAAGACAAAGGAAUACAAAAUUGUGGGCCUGUAUUCAGAUGGCAUCAACGUCUUGGGCUUAAUUAUCUUUUGCCUUGUCUUCGGACUUGUCAUUGGGAAAAUGGGAGAAAAGGGGCAGAUUCUGGUGGAUUUCUUCAACGCAUUGAGUGACGCAACCAUGAAAAUCGUCCAGAUCAUCAUGUGCUACAUGCCGAUCGGUAUUUUGUUCCUAAUUGCUGGGAAGAUCAUAGAAGUGGAAGACUGGGAAAUAUUCCGCAAGCUGGGCCUUUACAUGGCCACUGUCCUGAGUGGGCUUGCCAUCCACUCCAUUGUAGUCCUGCCUCUCAUCUACUUCAUAAUUGUGCGGAAAAACCCUUUCCAAUUUGCCUUGGGCAUGGCGCAGGCUCUCCUGACAGCUCUCAUGAUAUCUUCCAGUUCAGCAACCCUACCAGUUACAUUCCGCUGUGCAGAAGAAAAGAACCAGGUGGAUAAGAGGAUCACAAGAUUUGUGCUGCCUGUUGGUGCCACCAUCAACAUGGAUGGCACUGCACUCUAUGAAGCCGUGGCAGCUGUGUUUAUUGCACAGCUGAAUGGCUUGGACUUGAGCAUUGGGCAGAUCAUCACCAUCAGUAUCACAUCCACAGCUGCCAGCAUUGGAGCUGCUGGCGUGCCGCAGGCUGGCCUGGUGACCAUGGUGAUCGUGCUGAGUGCUGUAGGCCUGCCUGCUGAGGAUGUCACCCUCAUCAUCGCUGUGGACUGGCUCCUGGACCGGUUCAGGACCAUGGUGAACGUUCUGGGAGAUGCAUUUGGGACCGGCAUUGUGGAGAAGCUCUCCAAGAAGGAGUUGGAGCAGAUGGAUGUUUCAUCUGAAGUCAACAUCGUGAACCCCUUUGCUUUGGAACCCACAAUCCUUGAUAGCGAAGACUCGGAUACCAAGAAGUCCUACGUCAAUGGCGGCUUUGCAGUGGACAAAUCUGAUACCAUAUCAUUCACCCAGACCUCACAGUUCUAG